CGCAAUUUAUUUCUAGCCCAAAACGAAACUAUUCCUGUGCAUCUCCAGUUCAUCAUCCGACCGCGCCAUACCCGCGGCGGCGCCCAGCUCAUCUCAUCUCAUCCAAGAAGAAGAGAGGAGCAGCGCGCCGACGACAUGCCGCAGCCCUUGUCGCGGCACGCCGGCUUCUUCGCCUCCCUCCAGCGGGUGGAAGACCGGCUGGCGUCGGAGCACUGUCAGGAUAGCCACAAGCACCAUCCGCCGCCACAGCAACCCGAGCCGUCGCCAUUCUCAGACACCAUGACCGCCUCCCCCCUCCUCUUCCUCGACCCAGCACCAGCAGUCGCCGACCGCGACAGCAGCGACCCGGCCCUGGACUUCCUCACCCUCACCAAACAAGACCAGCGCACCCAAGAAUUCCGAGAGGAGGAUGCUUCUGAUGACGACCACGACAAUGGGGAGGACAUUGCGCGGCUCAUGGCUCUGCUCGGCCUGUCGCCGCCACGGGAUGACCAUGGUGACCACGACAGCGGCGGCUGUGACUGCAGCGGCGCCGACGGGUUCCUGGCCAAGGUCGUCGGCGUGGUCGGCCCCAAGUGCGACAGGGAGAAGAGGAGGCUGGACGCUUGGAUCCACCAUUACCACCGCAGGGACGGCGGCGGGUGCAGGGAGCCCGCCAGGCUGGCGCACCUGCUGCUCGCCAAGGCCUCCUGCUCCUGGGAUGGACAUGAUGGAGCGCCCAUUGCGUUCCCGGCCACAGUCAACGAGUUCUUGGAUCGGGAUGCGCCACCGCGGUCGACGGCGGAGGAGAACUGAUGCCACCUUGCCUUGCCUUGGCCAGGGCAUCCUAUCCAUCAUAUUGCAGAGCCAGCUGACUGAAUCCUUCCUCGUCUUCCGAUGGUGUCAGAAACAAUAUGUUUUGUUGUUAGCAGAGGAAGAGGAAAUACAUGAAAACCUCCUCCAGACAUUGCCUGCUGAAUCUUGUUGUUGCAUGCAUUUACCUGAGUUUUCAGAAGAAACAGAAAAGAACUCUGUUUGCCUCCA